CCCAACCAUAAGAACAUCAAAUUUAGGAACUCACCCCAACUCAUCCCUAACUACUCCGUAAUGAUGUUCCAACGCACCUGAAAAACCAGGGAGGGAGAGCAAUGAUUACGAUCUCCGUAAUGAAAAUUUUGAGAUAAUUAAUGGCCCUAGACAGUAGCCACAGUAGAUUAGGUGUCCUGCCUUGCCGUACGGUAUGACAAGCUUGAAGAACAUUUAAACAAUACUGCUUACGGCCCAGGUGGCUUCAUUUCUGUGUUCAAGAUGGCAAUGCUCUCGGUUGCAGGGGUUUUCUUUUUCAUCGCAGCCCUGGCUGCAGCAGAUCACCGGUUCGAAUCCACUUCCGCGCCGGGCUUCACAUACACGAGGAGAACAAUCCCCCACAGGCCUUCUACAGCCAUAGCAAACCGCACAGGAAAAGCAGCAUGCACUGCAAAGUAUUGGGGGAUGAAUGAUCGGAAGGAAGCCUGGCCGCGGAUGGUCCCUGUUUCAUCAAGCGUGGCGAAGGUUUUCGGGUCUCAGGCUUUGGAGGCUUAUGGCCCUACCCUAACUCUGUUGCAGGCCAUGGCAAUGAAGGAGGGCAAAAAUGAUGGCUACAGCAGUCUGAUUAAGGAAUCUUCUGCAGCUCUUGUCAAUGCGUACGGCCGUCCAGGGUUUCUUUUCACGGCGUGGCGAGUGAAGACUCUGCUCAUACAGUCUCUGGUUUCUGAGGAAGCCGCCUCUGCUCAGGCGGCUCGCUUUCGUAUUGCAAAUCAGGCAUGUUCGUAAUCAUAUAAUUUAUGUUACAGAAUCGUUGCAAUUUUGUAAAAUUUAUUGAUCUGUGGAGACGGAUUUUGUAAAAUCAUUGCAAUUUUGGUUUGUGCCUUGUUGCUUAAGGGUUCAGUUCUGCAGACUUUAAAUUUGUUUUUAGUGAUCUGGUAUUUUGCAGUGAUACCGUAGUGCUCUGUUAGGGUUGCUGUUUUGUGGGACCAAUGUAAUUUUUGGCAUGAAUACUGUGAAAUUCGAAAUUUAUUAUCAGUAUUGUCUUUGCUUUUUAA